AUGUGCGCCUUCAAAAACCCUAAGAGAAUAACCUCUUAAUGUUAAUCAGCUAUAGUUAAUGUAGUAAGCAAUAGUUACUUGGAAUAUAUAAUUCAAUUACGUUUAUUUUAAGUUUACAUUAAUCUAGUUGCACUCUACAUGCAGACUAGAACAGAACCUCGUUUUUACCUGCCAGGCAAGGCCAGUGAUAAUUAUACCAAUUUUGAAGGGCUGUUGCAGUCUUGUAUUUACGGUAGUACAUAUUUAUGUCACGUGUUGAAGGGAAGCGCGAUUGCAAUUGCGCACGCAUCUCACACGCAAUAUUGUUGCAAUUUGUCAACAUUUACUGAUUGUUUGUUGCAUAUUAGCUCGGAAAUUGGAGACUUUACUUAGCACAGAGAAUACAAAUUCUGUCAUUUGGACUGGACAAGAUGGCCAGCUGCAAUUUUCAGGCGCAGUUGGUAUCUAUUAUGGAGGUAUUGGCUAAAGCAGCUGUAGCAGAAAUAAACAAACGAGUUGAUGAUAGCUGUGCAGUUAUACGUUUGGAAAUGACCCAAAGCCAGCGAGAUAUUGAUGUACUGAAAAGGAAGUGUCAAAUGAUGGAGGGCGAGCUGAAGAAGACGCGAGUCAGGAGAAAAGUUUUUUACCCCAUGGCAUCAGCAAGAUCUUCAUAUCCAGUCAAGAUUGUUUUGAAUAAGCAGAGGAGUAACUCACAGUGGAGAGAUGGAGAGAUGGCUGUUGAAGAGGACUCUCAAGCCCAGCCUACAGAUGUGGAGCAGAGAGCAGAGACUGAACCCAUACUGAUCAAAGAUGAGGAGACAGCAGAGGAUGUGUGGAAGACUGACCCUCAGGAAGAGCUCAGGAUCACUGGAGAGGAGUCUGGUUCCAAGCCUGGGCAACCACCAUCCUUUGAGCAACGGCAUUGUGAUGUGGACUUCAUCACACAACCCAACAUAUCUCCUGAAGACUCAGUGGAACAUUACCCCAAUUCUGAUGGUCCAGAGGAACCAGGCACACCCCAGCUCACAUCUACAGACGUUUUCAGCACAGAGCAGCACCGGCCAGAUGAGGACUCACAAGAUCUAGUGAUGGUGAAGGAUGAGAAAGAGGAGGAGCUGGAUCAGACCACGGCCCUUACAGGACCUGACCAGUUUGUCAUGGAUGAGACUGAUGGGCAGCUGUGGACAUCUGUGGAUCCAGGCAGAGAUACUGACCCCGAUGGCCACCAAAUGUUCUCAUUUCAUGCCUCAGAAGAGUACUCUCAGAAUAUCUCUUUUUUCCCAUCUCAUUGUGGGCUGCCAUCCCUGCCUACUAUGACAGAUGGUGUAGGGCCAUCGGUUCAUUCUAGAGGGAAACCACAUGCUAACAUGUUCAGUGCAGCAGCACACAUGAAAAGACAUGUCAGGACAUUGGCUGAUGAGACUAGACAACAGAUGCCAGAAGAACAGAGCAGUGAGACGCUGAACUCAAAUAAUGAUGGAAAUAGUUUAGCUUUACAGCCAAGGCAGCAUCAGCACAGGGCUUCAGAAGCAACAGUGAGAAUGAGUGAGUGCAUGACAGGGUCAAACAUGGCCACCACCUCCACCUUCUCUGGGUACAGCCUGAGUCGCAGUAGUUUUAACAUGGUGAAGAGAAUGAGGACUCAGUGGAGGUCGGGCGGCACCACUGAGAGGCGUUUCAGAGAGAAACCGCACACCUGCGAACAGUGUGGCAGGAGUUUCACCAAGCAGUGGAACCUGAUCAGACAUGCUGUGGUCCACAGCGGGGAGAAGCCCUACGAGUGCACACAGUGUGGGAAAUGCUUCACCCGGCGCUCCAGUAUGAAGUCACAUCAGAGAACUCACAUAGGAGAGAGUCCAGUGUCUCAAAAUGUUGUACCCCGAUACCCCUUGGAUCCACAUACAAGUUUAAUGUUGUCUGAGGCCAGGUGGAAUAAAUAGGGACAUAAUUGCAUACUUUCUAUGUGAAAAUGUGGUCGGUAUUUAGAAGGUACAGAGACAUUUUACAAUAUUUUUCUCCCAAUUGAUUUGUGAAAUGCUUUGUCUGUUGAUGGCUCUUCACUUUCAUUUUAUCAACCUAUUUACAACUGGUAAUGUGUUUUUGUCCAACAAAAUCAUAAACAUGUUAUAUUCAUUCAAAUAAAAAUCAUGAAAGAGUC